AUGGACACGAUAGAGCCAGGGCACAGGGCUUCGGAGGAGAUCGAUCACAGUCCUGUGUCUGCAGGAGCCCAAGAACUCCCCGAUGACCUGCCCAAAUCGCUGGACGAUCGCCGUUCGGUUCCUGUCUUUCAAGAGACUGAGAUGUACGAUGCAUGGCAGGGUACGUCUGUUGUUCUCCCCGCCCCGUCCCGUCGACGAUCUGGAGGGGAACAUACCAGCCCAGUCCCUACUCCGCAACCUGUGACUAAUGAAUCUCGAUCAAAUUCAACAGGCCAAUCCCAAUUCCUGACUCCUACCGUCGCCGCAAAGCCCUUGACCUUUAGCCUUGCCCUCGAUGACCACUCGCACUUCCCCGAUACGGACGAAUACGGUCUGGACCUCGAAGACAACGAUGCCCGUUUAAUGGAGAUGCUUGCAGCGCAGGCCGCCCACCGCGAAGUCGACUCACUCGGUGCCGACGAGGAGAGCAUUGCGGCCGACGAGAAAUUGACGACGGCCGAGAAACGAGAUAUCCUUCAGAAGAGCCUAAACAUGGCGGCGAGCAAUGGCGACGUCGAGCGCGUAAACAAGCUACUUGGCGGCCCAGCUAAAAGCUAUGUCGAUGUCAAUAUGAAAGACGAGGAGGGCACGGUGCCUUUGAUCUAUGCUAGCUGUUUUGUGGGUCGUCUCUUUCUCUCUCCCUUACUGCGGGGACAUCAAGAGGUUGUUUCGGCUCUUCUCGAUGCCGGUGCAUUUGUUGACCAGCAGGAUCGCAAUCAGUGGAGCGCGUUGAUGUGGGCUAUGACCAAUCGACACAAGACUAUUGCAAAGAUUCUUCUCGAUCAUGGUGCUUCGCCGGAUAUAAAGUCGUCUUCUGGUGGUACGGCAUUCGACUUCGCGCAGCCCGGUAGCGAAAUCUCCGAUUACUUGCACGAGAAUGGGUAUAGUUUUGGACCUAGUGUUAUUGAGGAUGAUUUCUAUGAUGCCGGUCUGGCACAUGGUCAUUUUGAGGAAGCACUUGCUGAAAAUGAAAUGAAACGCCGAAUGAUGAUGGAAGAGAGUGCGAUAAAUCUGGAGGUUGAUUUGUCUAGUCUUGGUUUAGAUGAAAAAUUUGACUCAUUGGAUGACGAGGAGCUGGAACAGGAGCAACAGGAUUUCGUUUGGGACAAGUGCUUGAAUGAUCAGAUGUUUGUAUUCCAAGACCAUGAACUGGAACGUAUUUUGGAUAUCAUCAUUACCAACAUGACCCCCCAACGGUCUCCGUCUCAAAAGCCAGUGCCAGCCAAUCUUCUCUUUCUCAGUGCUCGAUAUGCGCACUACCAUGCCAGCCCCGAACUAUUGGCAAUCCUGCUUACCUCCGCGACGGAAAAGAUCAACGAUGUGGUCGAACGUUACCAGUGGGAUAUGACUAUGCAGGCUUUCUGGCUGUCCAAUGCCACUCUGCUAGUUCAUUACCUGAAGAAGGACACUGGGCUGACAGAAGCAACAGUGGAGUUCCAGCUUCAUCUGGCAGAGCUGAUCAACGAGAUUUUCGUUCUUAUCAUUCGCGAUGCAGAGCGACGGAUGAACAAAGUCCUGGAUGCGGCAAUGCUGGACCAUGAAACCAUCCCUGGACUAGAGGAUAUCGCCUUCCAAAAUGAAUGGAACAUCUUCCGCAAGAAGAAGUCAGAGGCCCCCGAGCCUGCAGAGAAGCGCUUCCGGCCGCCAUCACCCCGGCGGCGAGCUCAGAUCUCUCCACGAAAUAUCACCUCCUUACUCUCGUCGACCCUCUUCGUCCUCGAUCUCUAUGACGUUCACUCCGUGAUCACCACUCAAAUCCUCUCUCAGCUCCUCUACUGGCUUGGCGCAGAGCUUUUUAAUCGCAUCAUGUCCACGAAGCGUUACUUGGCGCGGACGAAGGCAAUGCAGAUUCGCAUGAAUGUUUCCACAUUAGAAGACUGGGCCCGUACUAACAAUCGGCAACCGGAACACUAUGAAAAUGGAUCUAUGACAAGCACCGGAGAGACGACUGUUGAUUCUGCUCGUCGCCAUCUAGCCCCCGUGAUUCAACUACUACAAUGGCUACAAUGCUUCUCCUCACUAGGAGACGACCACGAGUCCCUCGUUGACACAUUGCUCCAGCUACAACAACUAGUCCCUAUCCAGCUUCUACACGCUGUCAAAUCAUACCGGCCCGAAGUCGGCGAGAAAGGUUUAACAAAGCAAGCCAUGAAAUUCCUCCUCGAAAUGCAACGUGAUCCCGAAAUUCUGUUCCGAGAACAGCAGAAGAUCGAAGACGCGAAAAAUAAGACGACUCCUGUACCGGGAUCUAAUUCCGAAGACCGUCCCAAGACACCUAUCAACCAGUCCCAAGCAAGUGCGGACGAUCCCGGACAGAAAUCACCAGCGCCGUCUAUACCCGCGAGCAUGUUUACACUGAACGAUGACCGUCCACAUAAUAACAGCGUCUUCCUCGACACGACACUUUUCCUUCCAUUCUCUCUGCCAACAAGCACAGACAUGCUCAUCAGCUAUGGAGCCGGACUCGGCGGGACGAACCGCGAACGAGCCCGCAAGUAUAUACCGACAGUUCCACCAGAAGUGCUUAGUCGAUUUGACCGUGGCGACUAG